AUGGAAAAGCAACAGCGUACAGUUAUCAUUGCCGGAGGCGGUAUAUCUGGCCUCUCUCUGGCUAAUAUGCUGGAAAAGGCUGGUGUGAAUUAUAUCUUGCUGGAAUCCUACGACAAAAUUGCACCUCAGUCAAAAGAUACGAUUUAUCCUGGUCAAGCUGUCAAGUCCGUUAUGGAAACAGAGGACGGCGUCCAAGUCCUUACAGAUAAGGGCAAGGUUUUCAAAGGAGAUAUCCUCGUCGGAGCAGACGGCAUCUACAGUACUGUCCGAGAAGAAAUGUGGCGCAUCGGCAACAAAGAGUCUCCAGGAUACUUUCCCACCGACGAAUGGUCAACCGUACCUUGCUAUUAUAAGUGCAUCUUCGGCCUUACAACCUCGGUGCCGAAGUUGACCAAAGGAACUCACUACAUUUACAACGACAAGUUCUCUUAUCUGGUAAUGGUUGGUCCAGGAGGAAAGUUUUACUUUUUCCUCUUUGUCAGACUGCCUGUUCCUUUGUACGGAAAGGAUAUCCCGAGAUAUACGAAGGAAGACGAGAAGAAACUUGCUGAAGAGCAUGCUGCUGAUCAAAUCACGCCUGAGGUCACGUUUGGCGAUCUUUAUGAAGCUAGAACUAACUCUACCCUAACGCCACUUCAUGAGUGGGUGUUUCAAAAGUGGCAUUACAACCGCAUCAUUACAAUUGGUGACGCGGCUCAUAAGUUCGAACCUUUAACAGGUCACGGUGGCAACUGUGCUAUCGAAUCUGCUGCUUCAGUUGUGAACCAUCUCCUCUCAGACGAAUGUUCCGACUGGACCACUUCCCAAAUCCAAGCUGCCUUCAGUGCUGUCCAGGCAGAGCGCCACGAUAGAGUACAAUGGCUUGUCGACGACGCACAUAAAACGCAGGAAAUGCAAGCCAAGGCUACACCUAUUCUAUCAGUUCUCGGUCCCAUCUUGGGUCGACUAAUUAAUACCGAAGUCGCUCUUCGACUCGGUGGUAGGAAGCUUGUCGAUGCUACUCGUGUCAACAGUCUUCCUAUUCCACACCACGACCACAAGGUUCCAUUUACCGACGAGUUACCUGCGAAGCCUCUAUCGAGCUGGAUUCCCAUCGGAUUCGGUAUUUUGAGCCAGGGAGCUUUGUUUCGUCUUGCGAACCAGAUUCUUCUUCCUUUUGAGCUGCCAACUACUUUCGCAGGCGAGCCUCUUGUAAGACACUACACAGGCCACAAGACUGUGGACAAAAUAUUGUCUGUCUUGGUGGCUGUAUUUGGAGUUCCUCUGGCAUCGCAAAACAAAGCGGUGACGCUGCAAUUUCUUGCCUUUACGCCCGUGCUUUUCUCAACAGUUCUUGACUGGACUCUUGAGAGCUACCGAGGUGGUUCAAAGGGCCUUCUGUCAUCGUUCCCCUCCGUGUUUGGCAUCGGUUAUCAACUCAAGGGCAUCGGAAGAAUUGCGCCUCUGUACCAUUUGAUCUCAACAUGCGAGACCAUCAUUGGGGGCACUAUUAUGACUGUUGCGGGCCGCUCAAUCGAUAAGGCAGCUAUCAUGUCAGCUGUUACUGGCAUUGGCCUUGGAUAUAUUCUACCUACUGCGCUAAUGAGCUGGCCUUUUAACAACAAGGCUACUUGGCAGCAAUUUGCAGCCCUGUGGCAGCCUUUCCCAGUCUGGGUCGGCUUAAUAACUGCCGGUACUACAGCCAUACUGCGCAAGAGAGAGGCUCCUGUCCAAAUUGACUCAAAGAAGCCGGCAGCGGAACAAAAGCGAGAGAUGCGCUCGUUGCUGAGAAAGGUCUACAUAGCCGGAGCAGCAGGUGCAGCACUCAUCCAUUUCUGGUCUCUCUACCGCAUCGUCACCAGUCGAGACCUCAGCAUUUCUAGCGUCUUUGGGACCUUCAAGUCUCUCCUUUAUGGUGGGUACAGUUCUGGGACAGAGAACAAGAUCUUCAAUUUCUUACAGCGUGAUAUGUUCCUGAACGUUGCGUCUGUUUUGGCUCACAGUCUGUACCGAACGCUGGAUCUGAGAUGCAAGGGAUACAUCACGAACAAGGAGGCUGUGACAGCUUCUCUUGCCACUAUGGUUGCGCAGCCGAUUGUCGGACCUGCUGCGGCGCAUAUCGGCUUCCUUGGUUGGAGAGAGGAAAUGUUUGCCCGAGUUCAUAAGCGAAUCGAGCACUAG